AUGGUCAUGGGUAUUGCGGCCAUGAAUUCUACUACACAACUAAAGCAACGUCAAAGGAAAGAUUAUCCUUACAUCCUAGAAUAUCGGACACGGUGGGCAGACAAUGACAUGUAUGACCACAUGAACAACUCUGUCUAUAAUUUCCUCUUCGACUCGGUGAUCAACACUUAUCUUAUGGAACACUGCGGAUUAAAACCACCGACUUCUGCACAGCAUCCACUUAUGGCCCACACCCAUUGCGACUACUUCUCAGCAAUUUCUUUCCCUCAAGUGGCUGAAUUAUGCCUCAGAGUGAACAGGCUGGGGAAGUCUAGUGUCACAUACGAGGUUGGCCUCUUUGAGAAAGGUGUUGAGAACGUCAAGGCUGUUGGAGCAUUUGUUCAUGUAUUCGUUGAACGAUCAACCUUGCGACCGCAUGCCAAUGGAAUGAACACCCAGCUGAGAAAUGGACUUGAAAGACUAGCCACGGGGAAACAGUCUAGCAACCUCUAG